CUCUCUCUCUCUCUCUCUCUCUCUCUCUCUCUCUCUGUCUCAAAGGUUAACCACUCCCACAUUCUUCAAUCUUCGCUUCCGCCGCUCCUUGUUUCUCGAUCACUCUGAUUUUCUGAUCCCCCACACUCUCAGGAAGAAUUCAAUUCCGAAUAAUCAUUCAGCCCAGAUAAAAUGCAAGCGUCAACGUUUGGUUCGAUUAGGGAGAAGUUAGUUUUUGGGGUCAAAGUCCAACAGCAAAGAAGGGUGUUGGGUUUUGGUGAUUUCAGAAGAACAAGUCUGUGUAUGACUGAUAAGGCCACUGUGCUCACUUCUGCUAUGGGAGCCAAGCUUGCACGUCCUGGAAUCGGGUUUGAUGGGAUUUCCAUGAACUCGUUGAAACCCAGAUCACUCAGGGCUCAGGCCUCUGCUGCAGAUGGGGACAUGGAGAAUCUUGUUCCUCCCAUGCCUCAGGUCAAAUCUUCUGGAACAGUUUUGCCAUAUGUUGGUGUUGCCUGUCUUGGAGCCAUUUUAUUUGGUUAUCAUCUCGGGGUGGUAAAUGGUGCUCUUGAGUACCUGUCAAAGGAUCUUGGUAUUGCUGAAAACGUUGGAUUAAAAGGGUGGGUUGUUAGCACACUUCUAGCUGGUGCCACAGUUGGAUCUUUCACUGGUGGAACAUUGGCUGACAAGUUUGGGAGAGCUAGGACUUUCCAACUUGAUGCGAUUCCACUAACGAUUGGAGCAUUUUUAUGUGCUACAGCCCAGAGUGUGGAGCAAAUGAUAAUUGGUCGCUUACUUGCUGGAAUUGGAAUCGGCAUCUCAUCGGCUAUUGUCCCACUUUAUAUUUCUGAGAUCUCUCCAACUGAAAUUCGAGGUGCACUUGGAUCUGUAAACCAGCUUUUUAUAUGUCUUGGAAUCCUUGGAGCACUGGUGGCUGGAUUACCUUUAUCAGCAAAUCCGUUAUGGUGGAGGACAAUGUUUGGUAUUGCAAUAGUUCCCUCUGUUCUAUUGGCUUUAGGAAUGACUGUUUCGCCUGAAAGUCCUAGAUGGCUCUUACAGCAAGGAAAAACUUCCCAAGCUGAAAAGGUUAUAAAAACAUUAUACGGAAAAGAGAGAGUAACUGAGGUGAUGCAUGACUUAACAUCAGCAAGUCAUGGAUCUACUGAACCCGAAGCAGGCUGGUUUGAUCUGUUUAGUAGCCGCUAUUGGAAAGUUGUUAGUGUUGGUGCGGCACUUUUCUUGUUCCAACAGUUAGCUGGGAUAAAUGCUGUGGUUUAUUAUUCCACUUCUGUCUUCCGCAGUGCUGGCAUAACAUCAGAUGUUGCAGCAAGUGCUCUCGUUGGAGCAGCAAAUGUCUUUGGCACAGCUGUUGCAUCGUCACUGAUGGACAGACAAGGAAGGAAAAAUCUUCUCCUGAUAAGUUUUGGAGGAAUGGCUGCUUCAAUGUUGCUGCUUGCUUUGUCGUUUACUUGGAGUGUUUUGGCACCAUAUUCUGGCACCCUUGCUGUUGCUGGGACUGUUCUCUAUGUAUUGUCCUUUUCGCUUGGUGCUGGCCCUGUGCCCGCUCUUCUUCUGCCAGAGAUAUUUGCUUCAAGAAUCAGAGCAAAAGCAGUUUCUUUGUCAUUGGGCAUGCACUGGAUAUCAAACUUCGUCAUUGGCCUGUAUUUCUUGAGCUUUGUAACCAAGUUCGGGAUCAGCUCGGUGUAUCUGGGAUUCUCUGCUGUUUGUCUGCUUGCUGUCUUGUACAUAGCUGGUAAUGUCGUUGAAACUAAAGGGCGAUCAUUGGAGGACAUAGAGCGUGCCCUUAGCGUUCCAACCUGAUUAUGGUACAGUUUUUGGAUUUUGACCCGUGAGAAUAAGUAAUCUGCUGUUAAUAAAUAAUACUUGUAUUAUAAUGUUCUGUUAUCUCAAGUAAGGUUAAACUACUUGUUCCUUCAAUGACAUUCCAUUUCUUCUUCCUAU